AUGGGAACAUGUUAAUUUGAAGCUUAGAAAUAAUAUAAACAAGACAGUCUUAACGAUAUUGAAGCAUCAUCCUAACCUUAUAUCGUUUAAUUGAAACUUACUCCCCUUGUUAGUAACAUAACCGGUGAUGAUGAUAAAAUGGAUGAAUUAUACUAUGAUAUUGAAAAAUAAAUCUCUAUAAAAUAAGUAUAAUUAUCAAUUAUAAUAGGAAAAAGAAUAAGUAGGUGUCAGUGAACUUAAAUUCUCUUCAAAAUUGUAUUUAACUCACGAUGAUCCUUCUUAUAUCUAAUCUGAUCACCUUUAAUAGACUCCGAAGCCAUCAAAAAAAAGUAAGAAUCUAAAUGCAAAAUUCAAAGAGAUGAUUAUAUGA